GCAUCGGCCGAGCCCAUUAUUGCCGAGCUUUUUCCCUCACUGCAAUGGCGACUCCCUAUUCUCUCUUCCCCUCUGCCCAGGAGUUAGGAAUGGCGACGAAGAAGGAAAUGGAGAGGAGUGGAGUGGUUACUUUAUCACUUCCAAUUCUCUCUGAAGAGGAUCCUUUGUUCCCAGAGAAGAUGAGAUUAUCAAAUGUCAGGAAUCUCAGUUACAAUUUUGAUUUUCCAGUUUCAUCCUCCAAAAGUGGGAUGCUGAAAACAUUAGAUCAGAUGGUCCAAACUGCUAGAUUACUAUAUAUGCAUGAGCUAGAGCUUUAUUUUGCUGAAGACGAUGAUUUUGGUCCGUUCAGCUCAAGGAAUGAACUGGAAUCCCUUAAUUCAGUACUGAACACCAUACACUCUGUGCUUGCUACUGCUAGUGGUGAUGCAAUAGAACUUCUCCAAGUGCUAGAGACUGCAACAAUUGGCAUGAUAAAAUCUUUGGGGAUGGAGAACAAAGUUGAAAUGAUUGCUAUGAAUUUCAAUGGUGAUGCAGAGGACUCGCUGCUGAAAUGGGGAGAAAGUCAUGGUGUUAAAACAAAAUUGAAGGUAGCAUUUUUUGAAGGAGCUGGGAGAGGAACAGUGGCUUCUGAAGAUUUAAGCAUUGGAGACGUUGCCCUGGAAGUACCAGAGUCUCUUAUCAUAUCUGAAGACCUUGUCUAUGGAUCUGAUGUGUUUGAUGUAUUAAAAGACUUGGAUGAUAUUACCUCUGAGACAAUGUUACUAUUGUGGAGCAUGAGAGAGAGGUAUAAUCCCAGUUCAAAAUUCAGGAUUUACUUUGAAACGCUUCCAGAAGAAUUUAACACAGGGUUGCGUUUUGCAAUUGAUGCACUUGCUGUAUUAGAUGGAACACUUUUGUUUGAAGAACUAACACAAGCUAAAGAGCACUUGCGUCAACAGUACGAUACGUUAUUCCCUGCUUUAUCCAUGAAGUAUCCUGAUUUAUUCAAACCAGAGUUAUACACAUGGGAGAAAUAUCUGUGGGCUUGUGAACUAUGGUAUUCUAACAGCAUGAAAGUAGUCCUAACUGAUGGGAAAUUGAAGACUUGCCUGAUUCCAAUUGCUGGGCUUCUUAAUCACUCGUUAUGCCCUCACAUUCUUCACUAUGGACGAGUAGACCCAGUAACAAAAUCAUUGAAGUUCCCAUUGUCAAGACCAUGCGAGGCAGGGGAGCAAUGCUAUCUUAGCUACGGAAGCCUGUCUGGAUCACAUCUUGUCACCUUUUAUGGUUUCCUUCCAAAAGGGGACAACCCUUAUGAUAUUAUACCUCUAGAUUUUGACACUUCUAAUGUGGAGAAUGAUAGCAGCACAUUGGAAGAAACAAGUAAAAUAACUCAUAUGGUUCGCGGAACAUGGUUUUCCAAAUCUGACCAGCCGUAUACAUAUGACCUCCCUUCUCGGUUGCUCACCCAUCUCCGCGCUGUUCUGAAUUGUCAAAAUGCUGAAUCCCCUGCUGAGAUUUCUAGAAUAGAUAUAUGCGAGAAUGAUAGGAUGGUGCUCGAAACAGUAUUAUCCAUCUUUAGUCCCAUGCUGGAAGGAUUAGGCAACUCGGAUGAUUUCGAUCGGGUUAAUGCAAGUUGGGACUUGAAGCUAGCAUUGGGCUAUAAAGAUCUACAGAGAAGGAUUAUUUCUUCAAUUGUAACAUCAUGUACUUCGGGGCUGGAAAUGUUGGAGCAUUAGCUACCGUACUUGUUCAAAUACAAAACUGUAACAUUAUGGAAGAUUUUGUUUAGUUUCUUUUCACAAUAAUCAGCAAGCUUUUUUAAUGCGACA